AGUGUUUAGUGAUGGCUCAUAUGUACGGUUUUUCAGCUGCCAACGCAACGAUGACUGAUGAUUAUCAACAGCAACAUCAACAGAGAAGUUCUCCUGGUGUCGAAGGCCAUAUUAAAAGACCGAUGAACGCUUUUAUGGUAUGGUCAAGAAUUCAGAGAAAAAAGAUAGCAUUAGACAAUCCAAAAAUGCACAAUUCAGAAAUAUCUAAAAGAUUGGGUGCGGAAUGGAAAUUAUUAACUGAAUCCGAUAAAAGACCAUUUAUAGAUGAAGCAAAAAGACUCAGAGCUCUCCAUAUGAAAGAACAUCCAGAUUAUAAAUACAGACCGAGAAGAAAACCCAAAGGACCUUUAGUUAGUGGUAUGAAAUCUUCUAUGGGAGGUUUCCCAAUGCCACAAUUACCGUAUCAUUUCCCAGGUAUGGAUUCAUUGAACUCUCCCUAUCCAUAUUUCAACCCAGCGUUUGAUAUUUCGAGGAUGCCGAUGAAAACGGAAGAACAACAUAUCACUCAACCUGCGGUAGUAACAAGUCUUCAUUCAUCACUUCAUAAUUCUCUGUACUCAUCAUUGUAUCAACCACCGAAAGCAUUUGCACCAGCUCAUCACAUGAGCAUGUUUCCUUCUAUCCCAACUGCUCCGAUGAUGUACUCAGCGACAUCAAGUCCGGCAUCGAGUCCAGCAAGUUCAGAUUUAGAAAUAAGACGGCCAGUGCCAGUUUCGGUGAUGUAUUAGUGUUGAAAAACCUUUGUUGACAUUACGUUAAAGUUACAUACUUUAAUUCACUUGUUUAGUUAAUGUUUUUUUUUCUAUUAUUUAGGUAUGACUAAAUAUGUUUCUGUGAUUAUGUAUUUAGACUGAUUUUAUGUAUAAAGUAAUGUAUAUAUCCAUAUAUUAGUAUGCGCACGCAUUGUGAAGAAGAACUCUGAUAUGAGUUUUUAAUUUA